CCUGAUGUCUCGAAGAGGUGGAAUGUUGAAAAAGCUGAGCACCGUGAUUCGCGAAGUUACCGCAACCAGAAAUCCGGCUACUAGUAUCAUAGCCAUGUUAGAAGAGAUGACCAAGGGCAGCAACCAGAUGACUAUACACUUCCCGAAGGAUAUGAUGAGCAGUUUGAUCCACGUAGCCGACGAAGAGCUGCGCCAGAGGCAUUCCCCCUCCGUGAUGUCGAGCACCGUAGCAGAACCGUUGUAUGCCGUGCUGUCACGCACCCUAGGCGUCAGCGAAUUCGGGGACUACGGCGGGCUGUACGUUAACAGCGUCCUUAAGACCAGGAAUCUCGCUCUCAUUUCAGGCAUACUGGAGAAACGACCAAUGGACUUUCUACUUUAGUGAAGAGAACGUGAGCUUAAUGCUCGAUGUAGCUAACGAGGAGGCGAAUCAGAAGAAUUGCCAUUCUGAGAUGAAUAGCGCAGAGGAUACUUUGCAUGCCACACUUCUAGAAGUCCUACAUGACAAGCGCGACUUCACGGGGAAGUACAUCGCCAGCGUUGUCGAAACCGCGAAUCCGUUUCUCAUUAGAACGAUGUUGGAAAAGAUCAAGAAAAAGAACUGGACGACUUCUGAUUUCCCCGAAGCGAGCACUCUCGUUCCCCGAAUGCUCGAGGUGGGAGGGGAUGAGGUGCGACAGAGUCUAUUAGACUUAGCACGCACUAGUACAGAGACGACGUUGGUUGGCGUCCUCGGCAUUGGCGAAGAGAACCCGACUUUCGUGCUGCAUUUUCUGAAAGAAUUUCUUUGGCCGCAUGAUAUUUUUACUUCCUGCAGCUUCGUCAUAGAGAUCCUAAAGUUCCUUCACG